UAUAUAUAAUAUUUGGCAUGAUUACCUAAGAUUCGUCUAGACGCCAAUACACAACCCUACUUACAUAAAACAAUUUUUUGCGACCCUACUAUACCAUUACCAAAACAAAAUAUUCAUAUUCACAUGAUAUAAGCUUCCCUGUCACAAGGGCAUAAUCGUCAUUUCGUAUCCUUAGUCGCUUUACGUUGCCUCCCUACUUAAAACUCCCCAACAAUUCCAUCAACUAACUCAUUGCAAAGCCACAUAUUCAAUUCAAUUCGAUAAAACAAACCAUGAGAGCUCCACGCUCAGUUUUCCUAACAAUCGCCCUCUUCCUCACGGCCUCCGCUGCCACGCCGCCCGCGGCCGCGCCGGAAACUGCAGCCGCCAACGGCGCCGAGUUCAUCCGCACCAACUGCGAGUCCACGCAAUACCCGGACCUCUGCUACCAAUCCCUAAACGGGUACGCCAACGUGGUGCAGCAGGACCUGGCUCGGCUGGCGGUGGUGGCCAUCGGCGUGAGCCUCUCCCGCGCCACCAUGGUGGCCGUGUACGUGGCGAACCUGAGCCGCCUAGCGGAGGCGGAGCCGCGCGCGUCGUCGGCUCUCCGCGACUGCCUCAGCGUGUUCCGCGACGCGGUGGGGCAGAUGCGCGGGUCGGUGAAGCAGAUGCGGCGGCUGUCGGGGGCCGGGGAGGAGCUGCGCUUCCAGAUGAGCAACGUGCAGACGUGGAUGAGCGCCGCGCUCACCAACGAGGACACGUGCACGGACGGCUUCGAGGGCGUGGCCGACGGCGCGCUCAAGGCGGACGUCUGCGGCCGGACGGUGGAGGUGAAGGAGGUGACCAGCAAUGCGCUGGCGCUCGUCAACAGCUUUGUUGAUAAGGUUGUGGUGCCAUGAUCAAGCUUUAUUUUUUUAGUCGAACCUUUUAGGUAUUUCAUAUAUAUAUGAUAUGUUGGGAACAUGAAAGAGAUAAGAUGUGUGAAUACAAGGCGAAAAGUUUGAUGAUGGGUUGAGGUUUUGGAUUAUGUAAUUAGAUAUAUAGAGAAAUGUGAUUCUGAUCAUAUGUUUAGUUUGGAGUACUGUGUGUGUCAUUGCUGUUACAUGUAAUUAUUUGGAUUAAUUGUUGAGAAAUUAUGGGAAAACAGAAUUCAGUUA